UUCCGCGGCCGGGUUGGUUCUUGGUGUCUGCGUGAGGGACAUUGGUUGACUUUGUGCUCUGUUUAGCCGGGGUAGUUGCCUUAGCUCAUUCAUUUUGACAGGAAAAGAGAACGUCAACGCGAUGGAGGCUCUUAUUCCUGUCAUUAACAAACUCCAGGAUGUGUUUAACACGGUCGGGGCAGAUAUCAUUCAGUUGCCGCAGAUCGCAGUGGUGGGAACGCAGAGCAGCGGGAAGAGUUCAGUGCUGGAGAGCUUGGUUGGCAGAGAUCUCUUGCCCCGUGGGACGGGCAUUGUCACCCGCAGACCUCUCAUCCUUCAGUUGGUGCACGUAGACCCGGGCGACAGAAGAAAGACGGGCGACGAAAAUGGAGUGGAUGAAGAAGAGUGGGGGAAAUUUCUACACAGCAAAAACAAGAUCUACACAGAUUUUGAGGAAAUCAGGCAAGAGAUCGUAACUGAAACCGAAAGAAUUUCUGGUAAUAAUAAGGGGAUCAGUGAUGAACCCAUACACCUGAAAAUCUUCUCGCCACAUGUUGUCAACCUCACACUGGUGGACCUGCCUGGCAUCACUAAGGUCCCAGUAGGAGACCAGCCAAAAGACAUUGAACUUCAGAUUCGAGAGCUGAUCCUUAAAUACAUCAGCAACCCCAACAGCAUCAUCUUAGCUGUCACCGCGGCGAACACAGACAUGGCCACGUCUGAAGCUUUGAAGGUCGCCCGCGAAGUGGAUCCAGAUGGUCGCAGAACGCUAGCUGUGGUGACUAAACUGGAUCUGAUGGAUGCUGGUACCGAUGCGAUGGAUGUGCUCAUGGGCAGAGUCAUUCCUGUCAAACUUGGAUUGAUCGGAGUGGUCAACAGGAGUCAGCUGGACAUCAAUAACAAAAAAAGUGUGGCCGACUCCAUCCGUGAUGAGUAUGCCUUCCUGCAGAAGAAAUAUCCAUCGCUCGCCAACAGAAACGGAACCAAAUAUCUUGCACGAACUUUAAAUAGGUUGUUGAUGCACCACAUUAGGGACUGUCUGCCAGAGCUUAAGACACGUAUCAACAUUCUAGCUGCCCAGUAUCAGUCUCUGCUCGGCAGCUAUGGGGAGCCGGUUGACGACAAGAGCUCCACCUUGCUGCAGCUCAUCACCAAGUUUGCCACAGAGUACUGCCACACUAUUGAAGGAACGGCCAAAUACAUUGAGACGGCUGAACUGUGCGGUGGUGCAAGAAUAUGUUACAUUUUUCACGAGACGUUUGGUAGGACACUGGAAUCAGUCGACCCUCUGGGGGGACUUACAACUAUCGAUGUGCUUACAGCUAUCAGGAAUGCCACGGGUCCUCGUCCGGCACUGUUUGUCCCUGAGAUCUCAUUCGAGCUCUUGGUGAAAAGACAGGUGAAGCGUUUGGAGGAACCCAGCCUGCGGUGUGUGGAGCUGGUGCAUGAGGAGAUGCAGAGGAUCAUUCAGCACUGUAGUAACUACAGCACCCAGGAGUUGCUUAGGUUUCCAAAGCUCCAUGAUGCUAUAGUUGAAGUGGUCACCUCUCUACUUAGGAAGAGGCUGCCGGUCACCAAUGAGAUGGUUCACAACUUGGUAGCGAUCGAGUUGGCUUACAUCAAUACCAAACACCCAGACUUUGCAGAUGCUUGCGGACUCAUGAACAACAACAUUGAGGAGCAGAGGCGUAACAGAAUGAGAGACAUGCCCUCAGCUGUGCCGCGUGAUAAGUCCUUAAAAGGUCCUGGUGGGCACUUAGUGUCGCUUAGCGAGCAGCUCCCUGUUGAGGGCGAGGGCCCUAAGGGGGAGCAGGACGGAGGAACGGGGAACUGGCGCGGCAUGCUGAAGAAAGGCGAGGAAGGACAGGGAGACGACAAAACCAAACCGCAGAGCUCCAUUCCCCCGAGCCCUCAGAGAGGAUAUGCAGUGAACUUACUUGACGUGCCAGUGCCGGUUGCCAGGAAACUGUCUGCUCGUGAGCAGCGGGACUGUGAGGUCAUCGAGAGGCUUAUCAAAUCCUAUUUUCUCAUUGUCCGCAAAAAUAUCCAGGACAGUGUACCAAAGGCUGUGAUGCAUUUCCUGGUGAACCAUGUGAAGGACAGCUUACAGAGCGAGCUGGUGGGACAGCUGUAUAAACCCCUCCUGCUGGACGACCUCCUCACCGAGUCAGAGGAUAUGGCCCAGCGCCGCAAUGAAGCUGCAGAUAUGUUGAAGGCCUUACAGAAAGCCAGUCAGGUGAUCGCUGAGAUCCGAGAAACACACCUGUGGUGAAGUCCCACCAGGAUGUACAGGCCCCUCCCACUUUCACUCAAGCCCUGCGGUCUGCGCCGGCCGUUCCUGUCUGGAUCUGCCAGAUAGCCAACUUGAAAAAUGCACUGCUGUCAAUUUGUGUGUAACGAAUAUAGUUUUAUUUUGAACGCAAGGGACUUCUUCAGCUACAUUGAGAGCAGCACAUAUCACGUCACAUCUGCGCACCAUCCCAUUGUCUUUCAUGUAUGUAUCUCCAGAUAAUGUGUUUGGCCUGUUAAAGGACCAUGUCUCUGAUGUAGCCUAAAUUAAAGGUAGUGAUAUAAACAACA